AUGUAUCAACUUCCAGCUUGCUAUUUACAUGAUGUACUUACAUCAAUUAAUGUAAACGUUUUAUCUCCAACAUCUUCACCGAAAGCCUACUCGAAAGCUGUUGGAGGUCCUGUUGUUCGUUCGAAUUCGCAACAUUUGACAACAAUCACGACACACCUUUUUCAAACAACGACAACCGAUGCGAAUAGUAAAAGCACAUCACAACGCUACAAAACUGAAUUGUGUCGUUCAUAUCACGAAACUGCCUUCUGCAAGUAUGGAGAAAAAUGUCAAUUUGCCCAUGGCUAUCAUGAACUACGUUCGUUAAAUCGACACCCAAAAUAUAAAACUGUCCUUUGUCGAACAUAUCAUUGCACUGGUUACUGUCCGUAUGGUCCACGAUGCCACUUUGUUCAUGAUGAAUGUGCUGAUACUUUGUCAUGCAAAACUAUCUCACCAUCAUCAUCAUUUGGUAGUGAUACUCGUUCGUCAGUAUCAUCAUCUCGCUCGAUUUCGCCAAUGGAGUCUCCAUUAAUAACAUCCGAUGAUAUCUUUUUUUCACCGUUUUUACUCAAUAAGUGA